CCUGGGUACGGAUUCCCCCCACCCCGGGGCGGGAGCGAGGAGCACUUCCGCCAGCCACAAGUACCGCGCACGUGGCGGGCUGUGCGGCACCGGCGAGCGGCAGCCUGGCUGCGCAGCGCCAGCGCCUGCGGGGCCGGGAUGAUGAGCCUGACCUCGGCGCCCGGUUCCCGGCCGUUGCGCCAGGCCGUGACCCCCGCGGGCCGGCAGACGGAAUCUCCUGUAGUGGAGCUGAACGUUGGGGGUGAGUUCUAUACCACCACCUUGGGCACCCUGAGAAAACUCCCAGGCUCAAAGCUGGCAGAGAUGUUCUCCAGCUCCACCAAGGCCUGCCUGGACGCGGAGGGACGCUUCUUCAUCGAUCGCUGUGGCACCUAUUUUGGACCCAUCCUGGAAUAUCUGCGCAGUGGGCAGCUGCCCACACAGCACAUCCUCGAGGUGUACCGUGAGGCUCAGUUCUACGAAAUCAAGCCUUUAAUCAAACUCUUGGAGGACAUGCCACAGAUCUUUGGUGAGCAGGUAGCUCGGAAGCAGUUUUUGCUGCAGGUGCCAGGCUACGGUGAGAACCUGGAGCUUAUGGUGCGCCUGGCGCGUGCUGAGGCCGUGGCGGCGCGCUGCUCUAGUGUUCUGGUGUGCCUGGUACAGAACGAAAAGGAUGACGCAAACUGCGCGGACGCCCUGCGCUCCCUGGAGGCGGACAAGAGGUCAGUGGUCAAAUUCGGGCCUUGGAAGGCAGCCCUGGAUAUCAGGGACCUCCUGGACUGCAUGAACAUGGACAUUGAGGCCCAAGGGUACCAGGUACGCUAUUCACACAACAGUCCGUUACCGGCCAAGGUCUCCGACUACUUCUAUACCUUCAGCUUCAGCUGGUGGUGAUCCCUAGGGGCGGGGACUGUUUGUUAUGGGCUCUGGUGGGACUUAAGAAAUUAAAGGUUGCCUUCCAAAGCCAUCUUCCUUUAAUUUUAAAAACAAACAGACAUCAAAAACUUCCAAGGUGGUCUACUUGAGUCUUGCCCCAAAUAUGUGUUUCCCCUUUGAGGACUUUCCACUCAUUGCAACUGACUCCACUGUACUUGCCUAGAGAGGUGCAGCUGUUUCCUCUUUAAAGCCUCAUGUACCUGCCAGACCCUUCCCUUGAAGUCCAAUAGCAAGGCAGAGGUGAAUCGGAAUGUGUCAACAAUGCUUUGGCUGGAGAUGCGGGAUGACAACAGGAAAAUAAUAGGAUGUCAUGAAUCUAGACAGACAUAAAAACGUAAUCUACCCAGCCUCAGCUUGUGGUCCAAUCUUCUAGCCCUGGUGGGUAUUGGCUGCUAAAGCCUCACAGGUGUCCUCUUAUCUAGAGCAGUAGUUCUCAAAGUGUGGUCCCUAGACCGGCAGCAUCCCCAAUACCUGGGAACUUGUUAGAAAUACAAAUUCUCUAGUCCCUACCUCAGACCUACUGAAUCAGAAACAGGGAGUUGGCCCAGCAGUCUGUUUUAAGAAGUUCUCCAGGUAAUUCUGAUGCACUUUAAUUUUGAGAUCUGAUCAAGAAAAGAAUUGCUGUCUCGCUUGUGUGGAGGUACAGAAGACUGAUCCCUCACCUCACGGAGGUGCAGUUCCUGUUCUAGAGCUCCUCGUGGGAUCAGGCUGAAGUCAGUCUUCACUGAACACCACAUUCUUGCUUAGUGGUCUUUCUCUGCUUUAACCUGCUUCCCUCCCUCCCCUUCACCUGAGAACACAUCCUCAAUAAACGACUUAAACAAGAGACUCUCUCAGGUUCUGCUUCUCAACCAAAGACAUUAAGUGACUCUAAGGAGGACACAUUCAUCCUUCUCCAAGUUCAGGUCUGGGAUAGAUGGCCCCCGUUCCCCACCUAGUAGGAUUACCAGCCAUCCUGGGUUCCCUGGGACUGAAGGUCAGGUUUAACUGUGAAGCUUUAAGGAAUUAACACUGAAUCAGAGAAUUUCAAAUUUAAACAUAAAAUUGCUCAGAACAUAGUUAUUUUCAGUGAGCGUUUUAAUUCAGUAACUGCAUCUGCUUGUAUAUUUUUUUCUUAUUUUCAAAGCUUGUUCUAUAUUUUCUUUUUCUUUUUUUGGUAUUUAAUAUGGCUCACAAUUUAAAGUGGAAAAAUCCUGAAUAUCUAUUUGAACUUAACAUCAUGAAUCAAUUCAACGUUACUCCUCAAGAGCCUGAAAAAAGUUCAUACCCUUUGAUCAGUAAUUACACUUCUGAGAUUUGAUUCCAAGGAGAUACCCUGCUGCAUAAGAUCUAAAUAGGAUUGCUUAGGGCUUCCCUGGUGGCGCAGUGGUUGAGAGUCUGCCUGCCAGUGCAGGAGACAUGGGUUCGAGCCCUGGUCUGGGAAGAUCCCACAUGCCGCGGAGCAACUGAGCCCGUGAGCCACGACUACUGAGCCUGCGCGUCUGGAGCCUGUGCUCGGCAACGGGAAAGGCCCGCGCACCGCGAUGAAGAGUGGCCCCCGCUCGUCGCAACUAAAGAAAGCCCUCGCACAGAAACGAAGACCCAACACAGCCAAAAAUAAAUAUAAAUAAAUAAAUAAAUAAAUAGGAUUACUUAAAAUCUCAGUUUCAUGAAUUAUGGAAAGAUCAAUGUCCUCCCCAAGAUUUCUGCACAUUCCCAGAGGGCUUGUCUUCUUAUGGUCAGCUCUGGUUCUCUGUUUCUGCUAGAUUCAUUCAGCAUAGGGAUCAACUAGAUGUCUUAAACCUGUUGUGCUGUUCUACGCAAUGCUUACCCAGAGUUAACACUCAGAUCUUUUUCUUAAUUUUUACAAAUGCCACUCCCAUCAGCUAUUUGUGCACAUAGCAGACGGUGGCAAAUGCAGGCAAAUGAGGGGAGUUUACCACACAGAAAUGCCAACAACUUCAAAUUGAAUAUUGGGCAUAUCUUUUCCUAAGAGUGCCUUAGUCACCCCCAUCACUAGGGGCUUUUCGCUUGUAGAUUGUAUUUGUGUCCUAUUCUUUCUUCCCUCUCUAUUCCUGCCAUGCUUCUCUGUAGGUGGGAGUAAUCUUCCCCACCCCACUGAGUUCGUGCUUGGCCUCAUGACUUAAUCUGGCCAAUGGUAUACGUGUGGAAGUGACAGUGUGCCAGUUCCAAAAUGAGGCUUUCGAGGCAUGCCAAAUUUCCACCAGCCCCCUUGUGGUCUUGUCAUUUGCCAAAAGGCCAUGUUCCAGUUUAGCUACCUCUUUUAUCGCUCUGGCUCUAGCCUGCAUCCCUUUGGAUCUGACUCUCUUCCUUAGCAAUUUACCAAACUAUUUUAUUAAACGAAAGCAGUUCCAAUACCCCCGCCCCCCACUCCCAAUCCAUAAUGCAAUUAAGAUAACAUACUAUUUUUUAUCCCACUUAAUUUACAAUAGCAAAACAAUUGGAAAUAAGCCAGCUUAGUUACAUCUAUAUAAUGCAAUGUUAUACAGCAAAAUUGCAUUUAUAGAUGGCUUAAAAUUAUUGGGGAGGAGAUUAAUUUAAUUUAAUUCAGUACAAUUAAAUCUUUGCUCUAAAAAGGAUUUAAGGUGGUGGGGCUUACAGGGCUAUGAAAAAAAGAAAUAUCAAAAAAGAUAUAAAUUAGAAAUACAUAAAUUAAAUUGACACGCUUGGUUGCCUUCCCAAUAAUACCAUCUCCUCCCUUCCUCUGAAAUAGCAAAAUAAGUAAGGCACAUUAGUAAUGUUCAAAAUACCAUCUCUGAACACGCUGAUUAAAAAAUGGGCAGAAGACCUGAAUAGACAUUUUUCCAAAGAAGAUGAACAGAUGGUCAACAGGCACAUGAAAAGAUACUCAACAUCACUAAUUAUUAGAGAAAUGCAAAUCGAAACUACAAUGAGAUAUCAUCUCACACCUGUCAGAAUGGCUGUCAUCAAAAAUGCCACAAAUAACAAGUGCUGGCAAGGAUGUGGAGAAAAGGGAACCCUCGUACACUGUUGGUGGGAAUAUAAAUUGGUAUAGCCACUAUGUAAAACGAUAUGGAGGUUCCUUAAAAAACUAAAAAUAGAACUAUCAUAUGACCCAGCAGUUCUACUCCUGGGUAUAUAUCUGAAGAAAACAAAAGAUACAUACACCCCAAUAUUCAGGGCAUCAUUAUUUACAAUAGCCAAGAUAUAGAAGCAACCUACGUAUCCAACAGAUGAAUAGAUACAGAAGAUAUGUGUGUAUAUAUACAAUGGAAUACUACUUAGCCAUAAAAAACUGAAAUUCUGCCAUUUGCAACAAUGUGGAUGGACUUAGAGCGUGUUAUGCCUAGUGAAAUCAGUCAGACAGAGAAACACAAAUACUCUGUUAUCACUCAUAUGUGGAAUCUAAAAACUAGCACAAACCUAUGUAUAUAACAAAGCAGAAACAGACUCACAGAUAUAAAGAACAAGCUAGUGGUUAUGAGUGGGGAGAAGAAGGGGGAGGGGCAAGAUAGAGGUAUGGGAGGGACUUCCCUGGUGGUCCAGUGGUUAAGACUCCUUGCUUCCACUGCAGGGGAUGUGGGUUUGGUCCCUGGUUGGGGGAACUAAGAUCCCUCAUGCUGUGCAGUGUGGCCAAAGAGUUAAAAAAAAAAAAAAAAGGGGUAUGGGAUUAAGAGGUAAAAUCUACUAUGUAUAAAAUAAAUAAACAACAUGGAUAUAUUGUACAACAGGGAAAUAUAGCCAUUAUUUUGUAAUAACUUUAAAUGGAAUAUAAUCUAUAAAAGUAUUGAAUUACUGUGGUGUACACCUGAAACUAAUAUAAAAUUGUAAAUCAACUAUACCUCAAUAAAAAAAAAAACCCACCACCUCUAUUCAUUUGUAGGGGUAUAUGUGGCUUUUCAGAUCUGUUGGGAUUAACUAAAGAAAAUUAUAGAGUCAGAGGAGAAAAACUUAAAACUGAAUGCUAAAUAUAACUGUUAUUAUAAUCCAAAGGAAAAACACACAGUAAAACCUUUGAGGUUGCCCUCAUGGAGACACCCUACUUCAUAGCACUGUGCCAGGUUUUCAGGUCUCAUUGUUUUCUUAGAGCACCUCUUUUUUUUUUUCUACUUAUUUUCCCUGUCUUCCCUGCCCCCCUUUCCAUGCAUUCUUUUCCCUUUUCUGCUGUGCUCAGUGUCCUGGAAGACUGAUCUCUAGGUACUGCAUGUCCAGGCCCCUUCCUGGUUGGCCAAAGCCUUGGAAAGUAUGAGAGUGGAAGACUGGGGACAAGACGGCCUGGGAUGUUGGUAUGUGGAUGAAUGUCUUGGAAUGGUGAAAAUAUUUGUGUUUCCUAUGAAUGCCCACCAGAGGGCAUCCAUUCUAGAAGAGGCUUUCAAAAAAUAAAUGGACACAAUGAUCCAAACUGUGCAUUCCUGUGACUUCCCUGGUGGUUCAGUGGGUAAGACUCCGCGCUCCCAAUGUGG